UCGAAUUUGUCGUGGCUCUCUGCACACUUUUUGCUGGUUUUCCAGUAGUGGUGGGAGAUUUCGUGAGUGUAUGCCUCCACAUUUGGAAAGUUAUGCGUCAGGCAAAGCUUUUGUUCUCAGGCUUAAGUCGUAUGUAUAAUGUUUAAAUGUUCUAACGAGUGAAGCUAAAGUCUUUACGAAGCUUUUUUUGUACUCUGUCUUCCGUGGACGCCCUUAAUCCUCGACAAAAGUGUCGGUGGUGAGGCUUCAGGCUUUUACAGAAAUGUAAAAAUAUUUGCUGCUCUUUUACCCUUGGUGGGGGGAAGAGAAGAUUUUUAGCUAGCGCUAAUGCUUCUGUAGUACUGUUACUGCAGGGUUAGGGAAGUAGGAAGGAAGGCAUCAAAAUAAAAGCGCACAGGACCCUUGAAACUUGACAGUUCUGUUGAGCCAAACAAAGCUGGAAGACGUAUAUCACAUUGUCGUUUACAUCCACUUUGGAUGCUAGAGUUGGAGUGAAAUACAAUAGGACUCUUUAACUUUACCACAAGGCUAGUGUGUACUCUAAAAAGCUAAAGUUCACAGCACCUCUUAGAGUAAUAAAAAUAACGUGUGCAGUAGCACUAUUUCGUUUAUUUCUCUAUAGGGCAAAGUCUAAACGUAUAACUUAAAGGAAAGUUGCUGAAGACAUGGCUUCCCAAGUCAGGCUGAGGCUGCUCCCGAGUGCCAGGUGUCUGUUUGAUGAGCCCAUUCAGGUGAAGGUGGCCGGGCUGAGGUCAAGGCAGGUGGUCUCCCUGAGAGCCAGCUCAACCGACGACAAGGGAACUGUGUUCAGCUCUGCGGCCACCUACAGAGCCGAUGGCAGCGGGGAGAUUGAUGUGAAGAGAGACCCCUCACUCAGUGGGAGCUACGUUGGGGUUGAACCGAUGGGUCUGCUUUGGUCGAUGACACCGGACUCUUUGCAUAAAAGACUUCAGAAGAUAAAUGCCCUUAAUCCUUACAUGGUAAAGUUCUCAGUGCACGAGGAGGCAGGUGAGGGCCGGAUUCUGGCAGAGGCGACUAAUGAGAGGAUUCUAAUGGGAGAUGGGGUCAUUCGGGUCCCCGUCAAAGAGGGGAACAUUCGAGGAGUCCUGUUUACUCCUCCAGGCAGGGGUCCCUUCCCAGCUGUGUUAGAUUUGUACACUUUUGGUGGAGGUCUGUCAGAGAAAAGAGCCUCUCUGUUGGCAAGCAGAGGAUUUUUGGUUCUGACUGUUGCCCUGUAUGGCCACGAUGACCUGCCUAAAAACGUUAAGGAGAUCCACCUGGAUUAUUUGGAAGAAGCAGUCGAGUUUCUAAAAAAACAAACUAAGGGUUCCAGUAAAAAAGUUGGUGUAAUAUCCCUUUCCAAAAGUGGAGAUCUUGCCUUAUCAGUUGCUUCUUACCUACCAGAUGUUGAGGCCACAGUGUGGAUCAAUGGCUGCUCUGCCAAUGUAGCUUUGCCUCUCUACUAUAAGAAAAGACAAAUACAUUCUGCAUUAAUGUUUGAUUUAAAGAAAGUGAUUCCCACUGAGUCAGGGGCCUUCAACACCAAAUACGUUUUAAACAAUCCUCUGGCAGAGGAGAACAAGGGCAGCCUGAUUCCCAUUGAACGAGCCAAAGGAUAUUUCCUCUUUGUGGCCUCUGAGGGUGACCUUAACUGGGACAGCAAGGCUUACGUGGAUGAGAUGGUGGAGAGACUGAAGCGUCACAGGAAGGAGAAGUUUGAGAGUGUGUCAUACCCUGGAGCUGGACACUACUUAGAGCCACCUUAUGGACCCUACUGCCCUUCCAGCUUCCAUGGGGUUUUAGGCAAGCCAGUCUUGUGGGGAGGUGAACCCAAGUCCCACGCAGCAGCUGAGGUCCACAUGUGGAAGAAGAUCCAAGAUUUCCUCAGAAAUCAUCUGAGCUCUGAUGCUGCACAGAAUAGGGCCAAGUUAUAGUUUCAAACUAGACAAUGAAUAACAAAAAGCAAAGUCACGACUGCCAUAAAACUGUGUGAUAAUCAUGUCUGACCUGUUAAAUGUGUUGAUUAAUGAUUCACUAUUUUAAACAUUUAAAGACUGUAAUUUAUCACAACAGGUAGAACAGGAUCCUCUUUACCCUCAAGGUAUAGCUAUAAUUUUGUGUUAAUACGCCAUAGUGUCAUGUAAAUGCUUGUAAGUUUUCUGUUUUCAUCAUUAAAGUUGGUAAAAUUUGAAAAAGGUUUAUUUGUAUAAAACUUAAAAAGCGCAUCCUGAAUGCUUGACACGAUGUAGAUCCAGUCCUUCUGUCACACUGAGGUACUUUGAUGUCACGAGACGAUCCAGUUGUCACAGGGAGAUGUUGCUGCAGACUUUGUCUCAUGUCUAUUAAAAUUAAAGUUACUUUUCCUGCUGCACACACUAAAGUCAACUUAUUAAUUCAUCAAAACCAAAAAGACAAGAUGUAUUGACUGCCGUUUAACUCUAGAAUAAAUGUUCUUAAGUGUUGAUUUCUGAUGUAUUAUUUAAUGUAAUGAAAGAUUGUGAUUUAUCAUAAACUAGCAUCUGUGGCUCACAAAUUACCUUGAGGCAUACUGACACAUCCCAUCUGCACACAGCAAACUAGACAGACUGGUGCCUAUUACCUGUACCUGCAACCUUACAAGCUAAUGUUAACUGAAUUUUGUUUUUCCUUAAAAUUGUUGUUGCAACUGUUACAAUAGACAU